AUGAAGAAGGGUCUCUUCCAUAGAGGCCCCCGCAAUGGGGCCACAAACACCCCUUCGCCCGCUCCGCCAAAUCCCAAGAAGGAUCCUCAAGCACCACAGAUUAGUCCGUUAGAAAAGAGAUUGCAGGACAUGGGCCCCAUCCGUAUAGAUGGAAGCGACAAAUUUUUUGGCAUGGAAAAUUACGGAAACACCUGUUACUGCAAUUCGAUCCUUCAAUGCCUUUACUAUUCCGUUCCUUUCCGCGAAGCAGUCAUCAAUUACCCACAGCGCACCCCGGUCGAAAGUCUCGAGGCCGCCCUCGCUCAGAACCUGAAAUACCAGAAUCCAAAUGCACACCUAGAGGCCGAGUCGCAAGCAGCCAAACAGAAAGCGGCGAAUCCCCCCGCGCGCCAACCAGGUGCAACUCCUAAUCAACCACAGAAACCAGAAGAUAAAGAUUCACCCGAAUACAAGAAGAAAGUUGCCCUCCAGACUCUCCCGAUCCUUGAGACCAAGAACAAUGCCAGCAGCUAUGGCAUGUCGGAAUCUCUUUUUACAUCAUUAAAAGACAUUUUUGAGUCUCUGGUGGCUAGUCAAGCUCGUAUUGGAAUCAUCCGCCCGCAGCAAUUUCUGGAUGUAUUGCGCCGAGAAAAUGAAAUGUUCCGGACCGCCAUGCAUCAAGAUGCGCAUGAGUUUUUGAAUCUGCUGUUGAACGAGGUCGUUGCUAAUGUGGAAGCCGAGGCGACAAAGCAGAAUUUCACAGAGAAGGCUUUGCCACCAAGUGAAAGCGCCGACUCGUUAGGACUGACGACAAGUACUGGAUCUAAAUCACCCAAUACAACUAGAUGGGUUCACGAAUUGUUUGAGGGUAUCUUAACAUCAGAAACGAAAUGCUUGACAUGCGAAAAAGUUUCCCAGCGAGAUGAAGUGUUCUUGGAUCUCUCCGUGGAUCUUGAACAACAUUCAUCUGUGACGUCUUGUUUGCGAAAGUUCUCAGCUGAGGAAAUGCUUUGCGAGAGGAAUAAGUUUCAUUGCGAUAACUGCGGCGGUCUCCAAGAAGCAGAAAAACGUAUGAAGAUUAAGCGUUUGCCACGUGUGCUGGCUUUGCAUCUGAAGCGCUUUAAAUACACCGAAGAUCUACAGCGACUUCAAAAGUUGUUUCAUCGAGUCGUCUAUCCUUAUCAUCUGCGGCUUUUUAAUACGACUGAUGAUGCCGAAGACCCGGAUCGCCUUUACGAGCUGUAUGCCGUUGUGGUUCACAUUGGUGGUGGGCCAUAUCACGGCCAUUAUGUUGCGAUUAUUAAGACAGAAGAUCGUGGUUGGUUGUUGUUUGACGAUGAAUUGGUACAGCCAGUCGACAAGAGCUAUGUUCGGAACUUUUUCGGCGACCGACCCGGUCUGGCUUGUGCAUACGUUCUCUUCUACCAAGAAACAACCCUGGAGGCUGUUCUCCGAGAGCAGGCCCAAGAGGAUCAAGCAGCAUCUGCCGCAGCCUCUGAGUCUGAUAUCCAGCCCAACGGCAACCUUUUCCAUGUGCAAAGUGUCCCUGUAGAUGAUCCAAACCGGCUGGUUCCGAUUCAUAAAACGACUACAGCACCUGGCCAGAUGCCCGUGCAUCCUGAAAUUCCCGAGCACGAGCCGGUAACCCUACCACCUCUUCAAACAUCUGAGGUUCCGCCACCCCCACCCAUUCCUAGCGAACCAGCUCACGCAUUGAGCCCGAAGAAGAGCGAUGUUCAAUCUCGAAAGGAAAAGGCCCGCGAGGAAAAAGAACAACGUGCAGCUCAGAAGGCAGCCGAAAAAGCCGCCAAAGAAGAACGCGAAAACAACGACAGGGCGGAAAGAGCUCGUCGCAAGGAAGCCGAGCAACAAUGGCAAGCUCAAAUCAAACAAGAGGCCGCAGAUCUGGAAAGAGCCCUUAAAGCUAGCAAAGAAGCAAGCAAGCCUGAUGCAGCUGAUGUUGGACCUGAGAAUGGCUCACCUCGAGAAUCAUCUCGGUUCAACAUCUUUAGACGCAGCAGUCGCAGUAUCAGUAACCGCCUCAGCAAAGACAAAGAAAAGGAUCCGCGAAUGUCGACCUCCACCACAGAAGGCGCUCCAACUCCAGUUCCCGAAAUGCCGGCACAAGAGGAAGUACCAAACCCACCAGCUGUGCCCGCGAAGGAUACACCUAGGCUUUCCAGCUCACUCCCAACUUCAACACCAUUCCCUCCGAUCCAAGAGAAUAAUAAUCUCAACCACAACCACAACCACACUUCCAGUGACAGCGUCAACUUCAGCGCCUUUCCCAAGAUCACUCCCAAAACCAACGGAAACCAUGACCACCUCCCGCUGCUGUCUACCUCCCCUAAGGCAAACCAUACUUCUCAUCUGGGCAUCAGCAGCCCCAUAAGUAUCAAUAGUCCCAGUGGUCACCACCAAGGAAACGGCAGCAGCGACAAAGUUGGAAAUGGAACUGGCACCACCCAUCGAUGGAGAUCGUUCAGCUUCAAAAAAUCCGCAGCUUCAUGA